AUGGCGGAUGAGGAUGACAGAAGAGUACACAUUUGUGUCUUGGAAACCUGAAAUAUUCAUUCAAGAAUGUCUUUAUAUCGGCUUUUUAUAGGUUUCAGUAACAAAAUACAUCAGCUUGAUUUCUUACUCAGGACAGUCAAAGUUAAGAAUCUGGUACGAUGCGGCUGAGAAGUAUUAUCAUCGAUCACUUGGCGGUGUUUGGGAUAUUACUCCUUGCAGUCAGAGUUACCGGUGACGCAGCGAGAAGCACCUUUGCAGCUAUCUCCAAAGAUGACCUCACUCGCUGGAAUCCUUCAACUUGCCAGUAUGUAAGCCAUCUAUUCAAGGCGAAGCAAAGGGUGGUAAACAAGUUAGGUAAUAUACUGGGGAGUAAAAUUCCGAAAAAACGUCAAGAACUCACGAACGCUCAAGUAAAAGCGAUAACAAUCUUUAAGAACGAGCUGAACGUUACAGAAAGAGCAGUUUUUGAUGCAAUUAAUGGCUUGAGAAAACUACUACUGGAGGAUUAUAAGUCUGUAGUCCACAUGAAAGAAGCUAUAAAACAACGACUGGAAGCACUCAAACUUUUGGCUUUACAACAAGAAGAUCAAUUUAAUGCAAUCAGCGAAGCAGAAAAAGAAUUUUUUUCUGCUAGUAAACAUGCAGAUUUGCAGGCCAAUGGCACACGUAUGGAGAAAAUUAUUGAGGGUAUUUUAGAUGAUGUUUCAUUUGCAGCUGAUAAACUUGAAAAUGAACUUGACGAGAAAACGUUUGAGAAAACAAGAAAUGCUAAAGGGGCAUCAAUUGAAGCCGUUGUGAGACUGAAUGUGGAUGAAGAAAGGCAAGACAGUGAUAAUGAGACAUUGGAGGCUGAGCCUGGUAAUGAAAAUGAAAUGAGUAUUCUUGUUGAUUCUCAAAGCAAUCAGUUUGUUUUAGCCAAAGCUAAAGAUGCAACUGUUCCACAUGAAGAUGUCCACUUCAUCAAAGAUAUUAUCUAUAUACUGGUUUUGUCAUUCUCUGGAUCCUGUAUUUGUACACUGGUUCAGCUGCCAACAAUGUUUGCAUUUGUAAUUAGCGGUAUGCUUCUAGGACCAUCUGGAUUAAAUAUGAUCAAGACAGUUGUGCAGGUGGAGACACUCGGUGAAUUUGGGGUCUUUUUCAUUCUGUUUGCAGUUGGCAUGGAAUUUUCUCCAGACAGAAUAAAAAGGGUAUGGAAAGUGGCAGUUGGUGGAAGUUCUUUAAUCAUGGCACUGAUGAUUGUCUUUGGUAUUUUUUGGGGAAUUUGUUUUGGAAUUCUCCCCAGGCAGAGUGCAUUUGUAGCAGCAUGUCUCUCUCUUUCCAGUACACCACUUGUGGCAAAAUUUGUGGAUAGCAAGAAUAGAGAUACUUCUUCGAAAGAACACACUAAUGGAGAUGGUGACUACACCAGUUCUCUGUUAGGAAUUCUUGUCAUGCAAGAUGUGCAUUUGGGGUUGUUAGUUGCACUACUUCCUGCACUCGCAGGCCAUGGGAAAUCAGCAAAUACCAAAGCUAGCACUAGUGCAGUGCACAACAUCAUCAGUGGGCAUGACAGUGGAAAUUCAGAUGACUUUACAAACACCAUAGUGAUGUUGUUUGAGGUGUUGCUUUCCUUUGUCAUCCUCAUGUUUGUGUGUUUCGUGAUUUCUAAAGUUAUUGGACCAAUAUUAAGACUUAUCAAAGACAGCGGAAGUAAAGAACUGCUGCUUUUAGCGACUGUUUCAACAGCCUUUUCUCUGUUGAUGCUGUCAGAACAUUUAGGAAUCUCCAUGGAGCUGGGCUGUUUUGUGGCUGGUGUUGUGUUGAGCUCAAACGGAGAACAUCUUGUUCAUCAGGUCAGCAUCAAUAUUCUCCUUACUGAUCGUAACACAUUUCUUGUAGUUAAUCUGAGAAUUUGCUUUAAAUCCUUGUUUUUAUUCCAGUUCGUUGUUUCUGUAUUUGUUCUUCGGAUGUUUUUAUGUGAGUCACGAAGCACAAAAUACAUCGUUGCUGCGGGACUCGCUCAAGUCAGUGAAUUCUCGUUCGUUUUGGGAAGCCGAGCAAGGAGGUUUCAUCUCAUUUCUAGAGAGGUUUAUCUGAUCAUCCUCAGUGUCACAACAAUUAGCCUCCUUCUUGCUCCUUUGUUGUGGAGAAUUUCCUUGUGGAAAUUUGGAAGCAGAAAACUAUGGAUGAGUUCCGGCUCAGAGCGGACAAGUAAACGAGCUGCCAGAACAGUCUAAUGUCAUGGUAGUGUUUAUACGAAACUUCUUAAGCUUGAGCCCGACAGGAAGGGAAGAGAGAAACCUCGUUCAAAGUGCGUUUGUAAUGCGACUUGCCCGCGUUUGCAAACUAGGCUACAGCUUCCAUAUUUUCGAAGAUUCCAAUAAGUAUUUAUAAAAUCAAAACUAACAGAUCCUAUAUAAAUAUAAACGUUGAAUAAUAUACUGAAAUUUAUUAUUUUUGAUUAUCGAAAUAGCUGAUGCAUGAAUAUAUGACCAGCCUAUAAAAUUGAUCGAUAGUCCACAAGAUGAGAAAUAUUAAAUUCUGCUCCGAUUGUUAGUUUUAUUUGCAUAAUCCCAUUAUAUCUUCAGCGUAAUUUAUUUGAAAAAAAGUUUUAAAAAGGGCGUUAUUUGGAAUCAGUUUUUUGAUACAGUCAGAUAGAAAAUGUCUUUAAUUGUUUACAAGAAUGGUUUUACCGGAUUUCCUAGACUUUCAAAUUUUCAAACAUGGGAGAAUGGGGAUAGUCAUUACCCCGGGGAAUUUUUUUGGCUGAUUUUUCGUAGAGCCAUGGAAACGACUUAUUUCUAACUUAACGAAGGCAGCAUACUUUGAACUCAAUGAUUCUGUAAACCUUCGGGGGAAAAAACAUGUGUAGAAACUAUUUAUGAAAAUACUAAAUAAAUGGUGUUGACUGAUGGUAAACGAGUUCAGUCAAGGGAUUAUAA